GUUAAUCCUAUUAUUACAAAAGAACUUAAUAUGUAACGAAUAACCCCCUUCAUAUUUCUUAUCCUCUUGGAGCUUCCUUCCACUCAUCGUCGCCAUUUAGUUAUGACCUCUCUUCGGAUAAUCCUCGCAUCGUCCCCUCCGCGAAAACUAUGCAAACCCUCCACUCCUCAAACCCCAAAUUCCGACCAAACUCGCAUAACACCACUCAACAAAUCCCCUUCAUUACACCUCCUAUCCAAAACCCAUCUCUCUCUCACCCUUUCUCAGACCAUCCUCUGCUCCCCUGUCCUCGCAUCAACAGAGCCCUUUGAUCAACCUACUGGCAAAAUCGAUUUGGAGUCAAUUCUGAUCACAAUCGACAACUUUUUCAACAAGUACCCAUUUUUCGUGGCGGGAUGUACAUUCGUCUACCUUGUGGUUUACCCGGCGGUGAUUUUUUACCGGAGGAAGUAUAAACCGAUAACCGCCAUUAACGCGUUUCGAAAGCUCAAGAGCGAACCUGAAUCGCAGCUUCUUGAUAUCAGAGAUGGGAAGACAUUGGCUUCGUUGGCAUCACCCAAUCUCAAGUUUCUUGGUAAGAGCUCGGUUCAGGUUCCUUAUAGUGAAGAAGAUGAGUCAGAGUUCUUGAAGAAAGUUAAGGGAAGCUUCUCUGAUCCGGAAAAUACAGUUGUUUGCAUACUUGACAAUUUUGAUGGUAACUCCAUGAAAGUGGCUGAAUUGCUGAUAGAGAAUGGAUUCAAAGAAGCUUAUUACAUCAAAGGCGGCGCCAGAGGGAAGAAUGGUUGGUUGGCCAUUCAAGAAGAGCUUUUGCCUCCACCUGUGCAUAUGUAUACUGCAAAAAAUGCAAAAUCUUCAAAUAACAAUGAAGCGUCCGUUGUUGGAAAAGAAAAUUGAUCCAAGGACAUAGCCUAAUACGGUAUGCAGAUUAAGUUUUUUUGCCUCAAUUUUGCAGUGGUAAGAAAUGAUGAUACUACAAGAACAAUGAAGCAAUAUGAUGAGAUAGCUUCUCUAGGUAGAAGACUUGUAUCUAUGGAAAGACAUGUUUUGGAUCUCAUGGGGAGUAUUUGCUUUGUGCAAGCUAACCACCUUUGCAUCUUAUUAUCAUAAACCCAAAAGAUUCAUGUGUAAGCAAGUCCUAAUUCGCUCUUCUUAAGAUCCUUUGAAAUGAUUAACUUGCGAUUACUUUGGAGUUCUUUAAAUGAAGAGCGACAAGAAUCAUUAGCAUUUUCCCAGCAAUAAAAAUAAAUAAAGUCUAGUACUACUCUUCUUCUUCGGGUUUUUUAACUGUCUUCCCUCUGUCGAAGCGAACCAAGAACUCUAUGUUGCCAUCGGCGCCCUUGAUGGGAGAU